GCGCAGCCGUAAUUUCCCGCGAACGCUCUAGAAAAGUGGAUCAACGUAAGAAAGGAAUCGAGCUCAUGUCCAGCUGAACGCAAUCUCCUGCACAAGAACAGAAGCUGAAAUGGACGCGAAAGCCUCGGAUCCCGCAACGGAUUCGGAGGGCUUUAUUAUGGUUCCAACUACAGAGCCCGAGAAAUAUGUAGAAAAACGGACUCCCGAUCCAAAAGAGACUCAGCCUCAAAGCGAGCAAUCGCAGAACAAUAAACCGUCCGGGUCAAGCAAAUCGGUUCAUUGGAGCCCCGAAUUAGUUGAUCCAUCGCCUGCUGCUGAUCACUGCGCCACCAUGUCCACUCUUAAUGGAUCCAACCCUUACGUUACUAGUGCUCCUGCCCAGCAAUCUUCUUCGGCUUCCUUCAAAGAGACAAUGGAUUCAGUGAAGGAUCUCUUAGGGAGAUGGACCAGGAAAGUGGGAGAAGCCACGAAAAAAGCCGAGGAUCUGGCCGAGAACACGUGGCAGCACUUAAGAACAAGUCCUAGUUUUGCUGAGGCUGCAAUGGGAAGAAUUGCUCGGGGAACAAAGGUUUUAGCAGAAGGUGGCUAUGAGAAGAUCUUUAUACAAACUUUUGAAACAGUUCCUGAAGAGAAACUUCUAGAUUCAUUCGCAUGCUACUUAUCGACAUCGGCUGGUCCUGUCAUGGGAGUUCUAUAUGUUUCCACGGCAAAGCUUGCAUUUUGCAGUGACAGUCCCCUUUCGUAUAAAAAUGGGAGCCAGCCUGAAUGGAGCUACUAUAAAGUAAUUUUGCCAUUACAUCAACUGAAAGCCGUGAAUCCUUCAACAAGCAGAAUCAAUCCAUCGGAAAAGUACAUCCAAGUUAUGUCUAUUGAUGGUCAUGAAUUUUGGUUCAUGGGAUUCUUAAACUAUGACGGUGCUGUUAAAUACCUAGAGGAUGCUUUGCAACUCCAUAGCUUACUAUCUGUAUGAUACCGCUUAAUCAAAUAUGCACUUAUCAUGAAAGCAUUUAACUCGGCUGCUUGGAAGCGUUUGAUAAGGCUUGCUCUCCCUCGGAAGCCCUCAAUAUUCCGCAAAAAUGAAAAAUCAGUUAACUUUUAUAGAAGAAAAGGUAUAAUAAAUCUCUUCUGUUUUCGACUCAUGUAGUUGUAAGCUUCACUUGCAAUAAUCAAUUCAGUAA